GGUCCAGAUGGAGGCUAAUGCAGUUGGAUCUUUAUGGGGUGCCGUCUAGUGAGGUCAGCUCCUCAGCAUAUUUAGGAGGACAUCUUCAUCAGCAUGAGUCUAUUUCAUUUAGCAGCGUCACUCAUCCAGAGACGCCCUCAGCGUUCUCCAGCAGUUAGUCAGCGUGUGUCGACAUUUUAAAUGGACGCAGCGGAAGAAAUCAGCGUGUUCAAUUUCUUAUUAAAAAAAAAUAGCCCAAUGUCGUAUACUUGUUUUUUUGCGGUCUGGGUGUGUGAAAAUCAUCUGGGCCGGGUUAUCUGAGCUGCUCUCAUGAAUCCGGCUUCAUCCUGCCAAGAGCCAUCUUGCUUUCAUAGGGAAGUGCUUCCGCCCCUCAUCAUUCCAGCUGUGUCAGACGCUUUGGGCUUGACUUUUUGCUCCUCCAGGUGCGUUUGCUUCAGUCCUCAGCAGCGAUCCAACAAUCGCUGCCGAGGCCACGAUCGUAUCCGUUUUACGCUCGUCGCGUAUCUAUGACAGUACAGCACCUUGAGGGGACAAAGGUCCCCGGUGCGCUGUGUUCUGAAAACACGUCGAAUCAAAGUCAUGUUGUUGGUGCAAGAGCUCCCGAGGAGCUCGCUCCGUUCCAGUACGGCAUAAAUCGCGUAUCGUCUCAGCCGCCCGGUGGAACAGGCGGCCCUUUGUGUUUGCUGUUUGUCAACGAAGAAGACGAGAGUUACGCGAGCAACGUACACACGAGCUUUCGCCACACGUCCUUGAAGCAGGAGGAUAUUGGGCUCAGCUUUCCUUUGUGAGAGAAACAAGUUUGACAAAAAGCGUGUGUGUGUGUGAGAAACUUAUUGUUGGGAUCUCGCGUGCAAUCUGGAAGGAGCGGGAUUGUCAUUGGGCGCCCGGCUCCUCGGGCUCUACGUCAGACCAGCGGAUCCAUAUGCAGUCGCUCGCUCAUCGGAGUCCUGGAGAGAGCAGAGGACCGAAGUACUGAGGGCAGUUACCUGGGCAUCUCGGGGUCGAUGCGUCAGGGUUCUUCAGAGAGCAAUCUGGACCUGGAUCUGAGUGACGGAAGUCCCGGUGCUGCUCUGGGCUUCGAGCGGAGCCGUUCCUGCUUGGACAACCUCCAGCAAAAGAUCCUGAAAGUCACGGAGCAGCUGAAGAUCGAGCAGACGGCCCGGGACGAGAACGUGGCCGAGUACCUGCAGCUGGUGAACAGUGCGGACAAGCUGCAAGUCGGGCGCAUCAAGCAGGUGUUUGAGAAGAAGAACCAGAAGUCGGCUCAAAACAUCGCCCAGAUGCAGAAGAAGCUGGAGCAGUACCAUCGAAAGAUGAAAGACGGGGAAAUCCACCACAGCCCCUCCCUCCGCCCGUCCACUGUCAAACACAGCACCUUGCCCAGGGAGUCCCCCAGAGAGCUGCUGAAAGACAUGACGGGCAGCGGCCGACACCCGACCAUGGACAAGAUCAAGACCAUCGGCCCGGGCGUGUCGCUCUCCCCUCCGUUCUUCUUCAGCAAGCCCAGGGAGUUCGCCAACCUCAUCAGGAACAAGUUUGGCAGCGCCGACAACAUCGCCCACCUCAAGACCACCCUGGAUGCCUCCUCCCCGCUGCCCACCGACGGCGCAGGGAAGGGGCUGAGCAGCAGCACCUCGAUGGUGGGCAAGGCCAAGUAUCCCAGUGACGACGAGUGCUCCUCGGGGAGCGCCUCCAUUUCGGCCGACAGCAACGGGAACCUGGCGGGGGGAGGCGUGCCGCCGGCGGGGCAGGCGGCGGGCCAGCAGGCCGAGGGAGACGGCCAGAGCAGACUGGCUCUGAGUCUGGAGGAGGUGAGGGAGAUAAAAGAUGCCCAGAACCAGCUGGAUGAAGGCGUCGAGGAGAUGAAGUCUCAGUUCAAGAGGGAGUACGUCAUCAUCAGCCAAACACUGCAGGAAGAGAGAUACAGGUACGAGCGUUUAGAAGACCAACUAAACGACCUGACGGAGCUACACCAACACGAGAUGACUAAUCUGAAGCAGGAACUGGCCAGCAUCGAGGAGAGGGUGGCCUACCAGGCUCAUGAGCGGGCCCGGGACAUUCAGGAGGCGCUGGAGUCGUGUCAGACGCGAGUGUCCAAGCUGGAGCUCCAGCAGCAGCAGCAGCAGACGGUCCAGAUCGAGAGCCGCGACGCCCGAGUCCUGCUGGUGAAGUGCAUCAACAUCAUGCUGGCCAUCAUCACCGUCAUCCUGGUGUGCGUCUCCACCGCGGCCAAGUUUGCGUCUCCGAUGAUGAGGAGCCGGCACCACGUCGUGGCGACCUUCCUGGGAGUUUGCUUUUUGACCCUUUUCUGGAAGAACUGGGACCGUUUACAGUACGCCAUAGACAGGUUGCUGGUGCCUGCCGGAUAGUGAAGAGUGCACGUCGAUAAUAAUACCGCAGAAACAUGGACGCCGUCUGUUGUCAGGAUAGGACUGUCUGAGAGGAUUGGUUGUACAAUCAUCAGAAGACACGAUCGCCGUGCAUUUACAGAGGUCAUUGUUUUUUAAAGUCAGGCUGAAAUGAAAUGUUUUUCUUGUCUAGAACUUGAAUGUCUGUCGCUAACAACUUCCAUUUAAUCUUUUAAAAUAAUAUUUAUAUAACGGUAAACAAUUGUACAUCUCCAUGCAUUGCUAUGAAUCUUUCCAAGACAUUAAUAGUCGAUUCAAGGAUCAACAAGGGUGGAGAGGAGUGCACAUGAGACUCACUCUUGAUUAUUCUGUCUUAUUUUGUUUCAAGUCAAUUUUCUCUUUAUUUCUCAAACUGUUGAACACACACACACACACACACACACAUGUAUACACACACCACCUCAAGCUUGGCAUCUUGUUUGCCACAGCUGUGAAAUGCUAAUGACACCCUUGAAGGUAUCGUUGGACAUUUUGGGAAAUAAGCUCAUUCGCUUUCUUGUGAUAAGUUAGAUGAGAAGAUCAAUACCGUUCAUAUCAGUCCAGUGAAUGUGAAGCUACUGCCAGCUGACGGUUAGCUUAGCAUAAACAGGCCCGACGGUCACAGAAUCCACCUAGCAACACCUCUGAAGCUCACUAAUUUACACGUCAUCUAAACAGCUUGUGUUGUUCGUCUUCGCACACACCAAAGGGUAGAGAACAUGACACGUGAGUUAUGUGCCAAACUAUUUCCUCACUCCAGAAGGCUCAAGAAAUUAGUCCGGCACAUAACCCACAACGUGUUGCUUUUAAACUACUUCUUUUUUUCUUCAGAGGUAAUGAAAGAUGGAUUUGUUGCCUUUGCACUAAGACGGGCGAACUGUUUCCCCCUUUUUUAGUAUUUAUGCUAAGCUAAGCUAACUGGCAACUGGUUGCAGCUUCAUAUAUCUUUCAUAUUUAGCCUAAAGAUGUAAGAGUGGUAUCAAUCCUCAAAUCUAACUCUUAAAAAUCAAAAGGCGCAUUUCCCCAAACAUUGAACUAUUCUAUUAAAUGAAGAAUCUACCGGCUGAAACACCGAGGCAUUGGACAACCUGGUAUUUUCCAUUGUUUUGUGUGGGCAGUCGUCCCUUAAAGUUGUUCCUCUGUUUACUUUUCCUGAUGUUUAAAGUGCAAUAUAUUUGAUUUCUAAGAGCUCUGUUUUUUUCGGAGUGAACGUAUUUACGUCGAUGUUUUACAGUGACAGGUUGCUGCUGCUGUCGGGGUCGGGUGAGGAAAGUGCCAUUAAUGUUCAUAACCACUGAAGCUGCUGCCGGGCUCUUACGAGACCAGCUGUCUUCUCUCCGAGGGGCCAAACAUCAACCCCUCCGCAUUACCGCGCUGCUAGCAAGGAAAUAUCCACGGCAACCACGGCUUCUCCCCAGUGCAGGCACACACACACCCAAACGACACACAACAGAGACCAGAGGCUCUCUUUAUGUCUUAAGAGUCAGAUUUUUGUCUUUUUACUAAUAAUGUGAUUGAGAGGCUUUGGGUUGUACUGUGAUACAGGGCAACAAAGAGCCUUCAGUACUCAUGUCUGAUGACGGAGGAGCACGUGUCAUGCUCCAAGUGAUGAUCUAUGAGCCAAUUUCUGACUGAUUUGAUGAGUUCUUUCAUGUUUGUCUUACGAACAUUGCCUAUGAUGAUCUCAAGUGAAGCUACGGACCACUUUUAAAUGUUUGUCUGCCAUAAUAACACGUUUGUGUUGUUUGUCGUCUACUGACUGUAUCAUAUCGUUUUUUGUUGUCGUUCAUGUUUUGACAUACUUGAGGAGGUUUCACCUACACAUCUGGUUUACAUUCUCUUUUCCUCUCUGGUGCACUACGUGAUCAAUCAGUUGUAUGUUCAUUUAUUACGUGCCUUUGUCUGACACUUUCUGUUAAAUUAAACAAUACUUUUUAAUCAA